AUGAUGCAUAAGUAUACCGUAAUAAAAGAAAUAAAACAUAAAAAAAUCUUCUUAGUAAAGAAUGAACAAGGAAGUAAGUUCUAUUAGAAGAAAUAUCCAUGUUAUCAACCAAACUCAGAUAAUUUAUGGGAUGUAUGAAUAAAAAUAAUUUAGGUCUUGAAAAAAUUGUAAAGUUAGAAAUAUUCUAACAUUGUGAAAAUUUAUGAAGUUUUUAAAGAUCAUUCGUAAAUUAAUGUGAUAGAAGAAGCUUGCUAAGAUUAGAAUCUGAGAGAAUAUGCACCAAAAAAUAUAAAAAGUGAGAAUCAAAUUUUAAAAUGCUUGUUGGAUAUUAUAGAGGGAUUGAUGGAAUUGAAAAAUUUGAAAAUUAUACAUAGAGAUAUUAAACCAGACAACAUAGUUUAUGAUGGCAGUAAUUUUAAAAUUAUUGACUUUGAAACAGCUAAAAUAAAUUAAGAUGAUCGUCUAAAAAAAUAAUCUUUAGAGAUUGGGUUUAUAAAUAUUUUAAUCAUAGAACUUUCGGCUAUCGUGCUCCAUAAAUUAUUUUUGAACAUGACUAUUCAUCUAAAUGUGAUAUUUGGAGUCUAGGGUGUGUGUUGUAUUUUCUCUUAUUUAAAUAAGAUAUUUAUAGUGUAUAAAAUAUAUAAAAUGAAUCAAAUUUUUAGGAUAUAAUACAACAUAUACUUUAAAUUUAAUUAGAUGAUUAAAAUUUCAAAGAUUUACUUUCCUAAAUGUUAUAAAUUGAUGAAACAAAAAGGAUAGAUUUAAUAGAUCUUAGAAAGAAAGUUUAAAAACUCUAUAACAAAUAUAAUCCUUCAAUUAUUUCAACUUAUAUAGGAAAUAAUACUACAAGUGAUAUUAGUUAGAGAUAAAUAGAAAUUUAAUAAAAUCCUAAUCCUAACAAUUUAGUAAAUUUUGUAAAAACAAUGACUUCUUUAAUUUUUAAAGAAGGGAAUGCUUAAAAUGAAAUAAAUUUAUAUAAAUUUUGGCUUAGACAAUUAGAAUUAAAAUUUUCAGAUAACGAUUUGAGAGAUUAGAUUAAUAAUUUAUUACUCUAUAAAAUAGACGAUUUAAAAAAAAAAAAGAUCAAAAUUGAUCUAUUUAUUUCUAUGGAUGAAAUUAUAGAAUCAUUGAAAAAUAUUUAAGAAUUAUAAUAAUAUAUAGAUUCUUGA